CUAAACUGGGAGCAGGUAGUGUUGAGGAUUGCAUUAACAGCAUCUGCCGAAGUCAUUCCCUACACACUCUAAGCCAUGGCUGAUGAUGAAAUUGCUGCGCUGGUGGUGGACAAUGGAUCUGGUAUGUGCAAGGCUGGGUUUGCGGGCGAUGAUGCCCCAAGAGCUGUGUUCCCCUCGAUUGUGGGACGACCUCGACACCAGGGUGUGAUGGUGGGAAUGGGUCAGAAAGACAGCUAUGUUGGUGAUGAAGCCCAGAGCAAGAGAGGCAUCCUGACCCUAAAAUACCCAAUUGAACACGGCAUUGUGACCAAUUGGGAUGACAUGGAGAAGAUUUGGCAUCAUACCUUCUACAACGAGCUGCGAGUGGCCCCAGAAGAACACCCUGUCCUCCUCACAGAGGCUCCCCUCAAUCCCAAAGCCAACCGUGAGAAGAUGACCCAGAUCAUGUUCGAGACCUUCAACACUCCAGCCAUGUACGUUGCCAUCCAAGCUGUGCUGUCCCUGUACGCCUCUGGCCGUACCACUGGCAUUGUGCUAGAUUCUGGGGAUGGUGUGAGUCACACUGUGCCAAUCUAUGAAGGCUAUGCCUUGCCACAUGCCAUCUUGCGUCUGGACCUGGCUGGCCGGGAUCUCACUGACUACAUGAUGAAGAUCCUGACCGAGCGUGGGUACUCCUUCACAACCACAGCUGAGAGGGAGAUUGUCCGUGACAUCAAAGAGAAGCUUGCUUAUGUGGCCCUAGAUUUUGACUCUGAGAUGCAGACAGCCAGCUCAUCCUCGUCCUUGGAGAAAAGCUACGAGCUUCCUGAUGGCCAGGUCAUCACCAUUGGCAAUGAGCGUUUCAGAUGCCCAGAAACCCUCUUCCAACCCUCCUUCAUUGGGAUGGAAUCUUCUGGUAUUCAUGAGACCACUUUCAAUAGCAUAAUGAAAUGUGAUGUAGACAUCAGGAAGGAUCUGUAUGCCAACACAGUCCUGUCUGGUGGAACCACCAUGUUCCCAGGAAUUGCUGACCGAAUGCAGAAGGAAAUCACAGCCUUGGCUCCAAGCACCAUGAAGAUUAAGAUCAUUUCUCCACCAGAGAGGAAGUACUCAGUGUGGAUCGGAGGAUCCAUCCUGGCUUCUCUCUCUACCUUCCAGCAGAUGUGGAUCAGUAAGCAGGAGUAUGAUGAGUCUGGUCCCUCCAUUGUCCAUCGCAAGUGCUUCUAAUUUGUUGGAGAUUGGAACUGAUUUAACCUUGACUAAAUUGCAUCUUUAUUUGCUUUUGCAACUUGAAUUUGGGGUGGUGUGGUGGUGAUUGCUCUUCAUUCUUGAAUUCUCCUAGUGUGGUUCAGAACAAGGUGAGGACAGAUUGCUUUGGAUGUUCUGACAUGUUGGAGAUUUUUAUUCAAGUUAGAAGCCAGUGAUAGUCACACUCUAUCCUUGCAAAUUUGGUGCUUUGAAGUUUUUUAAACUGUCAAAAGCAUUUGUGAUCACCAACUCAAUGUAUGGAAGUAGCAAAUUUUGUUGUUUUGACCAUGAAGUUCUAAAUUGUCACAGGAGGAUCCAAGAACUUGAAGUUAAUCUCCAUAUGUUCAGUGGCUAAUCUCCAUAUGUUCAGUGGCUGAAUUUUCAAUUCUGUAUAAUUUGGCAUAGGAUGUUGUAGGAAAUGUGUGAACUGUGUAACAGCUGAUGAUCCUGAGUGGGUUUGGGGGUGGGGAUGAGGGAAGGGAAUAAG